AUGGGAUCCCUGUCAGUCUCUAGCCACAGAGGACUUGCCCACUGUAAAGAGCUCCUGCUGGUUGAAAUAUUGAAAAAAGGGCGGUUUUAUGAUAAUCAAAAAAUAGCAGACGUGGAUGGAACCUUGCUGAUAAAAAAGGCUUCCUUGAGAGACACAGGAACAUACACCGUAGUGGCCUACCUUCCAGAUGAAGUAAAAGAAAUAGGAUUCGGACGGCUCGAUGUGUACCGGCCUGUGGUACGGCGGCCCUUCCUCCAAGCCAGCAACAUCACAGUUUCAGUAAAUAGUAACGUGGUCAUGAGCUGCUUAUCACAUGCGCUCUCCACUGAGUGGUUGUUUAAUGGCAUGGCUCUGCAGCUCUCCAAGAGAAAAAGGCUGUCCAAGGACCGCAGUAUUCUCACGAUAGACCCUGUCCACAUGGAGGAUGCUGGCUAUUACCAGUGUAAAGUCUACGACCCUGUUAAUUCUGCUGAAAGUUGGCCCCUUGUGUUGUAUGUACAUCAUGAGUGA